AUGUUGUUCAGCCGCGUGAUACCCGUAGCCAUUGCGUUGCUGCCAGCUCUUACUGUCGCCGCGGGAGUGCUUGACCUCGAGCCCACCAACUUCGACGACGUUGUACUCAAGUCUGGAAAACCCACUCUUGUAGAGUUCUUCGCCCCUUGGUGCGGUCACUGCAAGAACCUUGCCCCCAUCUAUGAAGAACUUGCUGGUGCCUUCCAGCACGCCUCCGACAAAGUCAGCGUAGCGAAGGUCGAUGCGGAUGCCCAUACGGACCUGGGCAAGCGUUUCGGCGUCACAGGAUUCCCCACACUCAAGUGGUUCGACGGGAAAAGCGACAAGCCUGCCGACUACGAUGGAGGACGCGAUCUAGACAGCUUAGCCAAGUUCAUCACAGAGAAGUCGGGGGUCAAGCCCAAGAUCAAGGCCAAGCUGCCCAGCGCGGUUACAUAUUUGGAUAAUCAGAGCUUCAAGGAGAGGGUUGGAAAGGAUCAAGAUGUGCUAGUCGCAUUCACUGCUCCAUGGUGCGGACAUUGCAAGUCGCUCGCCCCCAUCUGGGAGACGCUCGCCAAAGACUUCAUCAACGAGCCCAACGUGCUGAUCGCCAAGGUCGAUGCUGAGGCUGAGAAUUCCAAGGCACUCGCUGCAGAACAGGGCGUUCAAGGCUACCCCACCAUCAAGUACUUCAAGAAGGGAUCCACCGAGGCUCUACCCUAUGAGGGUGGGCGCAGCGAGGCCGACUUCAUCAACUUCCUCAACACGAACUCAGGCACCCACCGCGCGGUCGGUGGCGGACUUGAUGCCACUGGUGGCACCAUCGAGGCCUUCAACUCUGUCAUCGAGAAGUUUCAGGGCGCAUACGGCGAUGGAGCGGAGGAGGCGAAGAAGAUUGCUGCUGGUCUCCAGGACAAGUACGCUCAGUACUACGUCAAGGUGUUUGAAAAGAUUGGGGCAAACAAGGACUAUGCUGCUAAGGAGCUCAAACGCUUGCAGGGCAUUCUUGCCAAGGGCACUUUAGCCCCUGAGAAGGUCGAUGAUGUUACCAGCAGGAGUAACAUUCUGAGGAAGUUUUUGGGCAUGGAAGAGAAGUCUGAGUUGUAA